AUGUGUGAGGGGCACGUUAUCGAUUCCCGCUCGUCUCUCGGAUUUACCCACCUCCCCGAGCCUGAGAAUCAAGAUAUCCAGAUAUCCAGAUAUCCAGAUAUCCCCAACUGGUUGGAAACAAAAAACUACCUUUGCGCAUUUGACAAUUAUCUUGUGCUCUUCCUUUGCUACAUCGCCAGGAUGACACUCCUCUCGGAUAUUAUAUCCGCAUCGGCAAAUUUACACCACUCUAACCAUCUACCCAGCGACGAGUAUGACCGUCGCAUCCGCGACCUAGUUGAUUACUUCAGACGGCUACAAAAGACCGAAGCACUCGACUCAUUUGCCAAUGAUGAGUCUUUUCUCGAUCGUUUUGACCCAGCGAUAGAUUCUAUCCCAUAUCUUUUCGUGCUACGAGUACAAAUACAAAAGGCACAGGAACUAAAUGCCGAUUCACUCCCAGCGGAUCUCCGCCCCUCAGGAAGGCUAUGGACAUGCGCUGCACAUUUUUUGGCCAGUUUCGAUAGGGUUCAAGUCAGAUACGCUGGACGAGAAUGGCGUCUUCUUGUUGAACUCGUGGGGCAAGCCUCGCAAGCUGCAUCAAUGGCAAGUCGGCUAUUUUCCAACUUUCCUUGGCCACUACUAGGUGCUACGCUAGUUAAGGACGCUAUGCUUCGUCUUGACCCAUCAUGUGCCGUUUUCACUUCGAGUCACCUUUUGCUUGUCCGGCUUUGCCUCCAGGCCAGAGCAUAUUCUUGUGCAUUGCCUGUCUUGAAUAAGCAAAUCUGUCAUUUCCCAAUUUCGCGGGGGCGUCCCUCUUCAGACUCCUCUGUGCUCUGCGCAGAUAACGGCUUAGGUGUAUCCUUUAUGACCGAAGCUUCUGGGGUUUCAUCCAAGCUAUCAUACCGAGACUACUUGCAGUACUUCCUUUAUGGUGGUAUGGUGUACAUGGCGUUGAAGGAGUGGCGCAAUGCACUUCAUUUCCUUGGGAUUGUCAUCUCUACGCCUGGUACUAGCUCUGUGAGCUUGAUUAUGGUGGAAGCUUACAAAAAAUGGGUGCUAGUUGGCUUACUCGAAAAUGGCAGGCUCUGUCCACCUCCAAGCAUCACAACACCUCAUGUGGUGAAAGUGUACCAAUCACUUGCGAGGCCCUAUAUCAUUCUUGCUCAUGCAUUUGAACGUGGUGAUUUGAAGAGACUUAAUGCUGAAAUUGAUGCUGCCAAAAAUAUCUGGUGUGCGGACAAUAAUCUCGGUCUCGUUUCCCAGGUAGUGGGUGCUUUUUUCGGUCAAACUGUCAUCAAGCUUGGGAAGACCUUUGCAGCUUUAACAAUGGCCGACCUUUCCAAGCAGGUGUUUCCCUCCCCUGUGUGUGCAGAACUCACUGGGUCCGCUGUUUCAUCCCUCGUCAUGUCUAGUGCUUUGAACGCGACAUUGGUGGAGACCAAAGAUCAUGCUGAGGCUUCCAUGCUACGUUUCUCAUCCAUUCAUUCAUUACCUCAUCUCUCUCGUGAGUUGGACUUACAGUCCCAACUCAAGCAGGAGAUGAGGCUGAUGGAGACACUGGUGAUUCAUCUUGGGGAAACCAAUAAUAACCUGGGAUUAAGUGAUGAAUACGUUGAUAGCCUACAUAAGGGUCAGGUUUGGUCAGGUUCUAGUGAAAUCAAUCCCAUUGUAGCGGGGGAGGCUGGACUUGAGAUGGAUGAAGAUCUGAUGGGUGACAUGUCCUGA